AUGACCAAGACAAUUGAUGUAGCUAAGGUUCUGAUCGAGAAUCUUGCAGCUAGUGAUUGCAACAACUGUCCUGAUUAUGACCGCACAAGUCGCACCACCACAAAUUCCCCUGAUGUUUCUCAGAUGGCUGAACUCAAGAUCAUGAUCAUUCAAGUUCUUAAAGGGCAGCUCAAGCAAAUCAAUGCAAUAGAACAAAUACGUGAUGCGAAUGAUGACCCAUCAAGAGAGUGCAUGGGAGAUUUCUCUUAUGAAGAUAAUGAAGAAGAUGUUAACUACAUUGGAAACAAUAUCAAGGGAUACAAUCCAAGCUAUCGACCAAACCCCAACAUGUCUUAUAUGAGCACCAAUGUGGAGAACCCUCAAGACCAAGUGUAUCCACCAAGAUACUGA